UGUUUAUCAAAAGUACUCUUUAUUUGAGUGCAAAAAAUGUUUCGAAAUCUCAAAACACUUCUCGUGACAAACAAUCGCCGAAUUAUGUCCACAACGAGUGGUCAGAAACGGUUGGCGGACAAAGUAGCGAUCGUCACGGCCAGCACCGACGGCAUCGGUCUCGCGAUCGCCACCCGAUUGGCCGAAGACGGCGCGCGCGUUGUGGUCAGCAGUCGGAAGGAGGCGAACGUGGAGAAGACGGUGCGCUCUCUGCGCGCGAAGGGACUCCAAGUGACGGGCGUCGUGUGUCACGUGGGCAAUAAAGAGCACCGCCAGCGCCUGCUCCAGACCACUCUGCGCGAGUUCGGCCAAGUGGACGUGUUGGUGUCCAACGCCGCCGUCAACCCCGCGUUCGGCGCCUUCCUCGACACUUCGGAAGAGGAGUUCGAAAAAAUCCUUUCAGUGAACGUGACGUCAGCCUUCCUCUUGACCAAAGAGAUCGUUCCCGAGAUGCGCGCUCACGGGUCCAUUGUUUACAUCUCUUCCAUCGGCGCGUAUCAGCCCUUCCCUCUGAUUGGCGCGUACUCCGUGUCCAAAACGGCGCUUCUCGGCUUGACCAAGGCUGUGGCCAAUCAGUGCGCCGCCCUCUCCAUCCGCGCCAACUGCAUCUGCCCCGGCAUCAUUCGGACCAAAUUCUCGGACGCGUUGACCGGAAGUGAGGCCGCGAUGGAAGAGAUCGAGCGCGUGGUUCCGAUGCAGCGAAUCGGGGCGCCGGAGGACAUCGCGGGCAUUGUGGCCUUCUUGGCCUCCGACGACUCCCGAUAUCUGACCGGAGAGUCGAUUGUUGUCGCGGGCGGACACUAUUCGCGGCUCUAGACACGAGAC